AUGACCACUUCUUUAACAGAGUCAGAUGACGAUGAUCCCGAAGAAUAUUAUUUAGAAUUAGAAGAACGUAUGAAGACACUCUUUAUGCUUAAUGAACACCAAGACAGUUUAUCCUUUGGCAGUUCGCCCUUCAGUGAGGACAGGCUGUCUACUUAUAUGGAAGUUUCUGCUAAAAAUCAAGCCGUAGAUACAGAACAAUCGCCACCCAGAGACACGCCAGAAACGAUAAGACGCGUCUCUAGCCUUCAUAGAUUAAGCGAAGAUUUCUACACUAGCUGGGGUGGUACCAAGAGGCCAGCAUCAGUUGAUUCGUCUAAGCAGUAUUCUCCAACACAUUCGGAGUCAAUGUCUUCAAUGAAAAGCAUACCUAACGAUGACACUCUCCGACAAUGUCACGGCUCGUCAUCGUCGCAGAGAAUGUCAAACAUCGAUGAACAAAUGUUCCCUUUAUUGGAGUCCCCAAUAAAACAAAAGAGAGCAGCGCUACGAGACUCAGUGCCAAGCGGACAAAUACAACACAAAUCGCCAGUAAAACGAGACACACCUCCCCAACGACCAAAACAACGCUCGAUUGGUCAAAGGUAUGUUGCCUCCACACCGGAAAAACGAUUAAAUAAGAUCUCAUGUCAGUGUAUCAAAAGUAGAUCACAGUCAUCAGCAAAAACCUCAAGGUAUCCAAUAUCAACAAGAUAUACUCAUAGUUACAGGUCUUCACAUGUAGACAAAUCCCCUCGACGUAAGAUAUUUAAAAAUGUGGCUGUUCAAACUAGUCCAGUACCCACUCUUAGUAGUUUUUGGUCAAAUUUAUUUAUUGGAGAACCUGUGAUAUAUGAUUAUGUUUCACAUUUAUAG